GAUCGCACCCCCAGCGCCUCUCCGGACCUGGGCAAGCACUCGCCUCUAGCGCUGCUGGCCGCCACCUGUAGCCGAAUCGGCCAGCCGGGUGCGGCGGCGCCCCCGGACUUCCUGCAGGUGCCCUACGACCCAGCGCUGGGCUCGCCCUCCAGGCUUUUCCACCCCUGGACUGCAGACAUGCCGGCGCACUCACCGGGCGCGCUGCCGCCCCCGCACCCCAGCCUGGGGUUGACGCCGCAGAAAACACACCUGCAGCCGUCUUUCGGGGCUGCGCACGAGCUACCGCUCACACCCCCCGCUGACCCCUCUUACCCCUACGAGUUCUCUCCAGUCAAGAUGCUGCCCUCGAGCAUGGCGGCUCUACCCGCUAGCUGCGCGCCCGCCUACGUGCCCUACGCCGCACAGGCCGCGCUGCCACCGGGCUACUCCAAC